AAGGCCGAUUUCGUCACGGCUCUAGCGGAACAAACCGGACAAACCAAAAAGGAAUCGGAAGGUACUCUACAGGCCGUGCUGGAUAUUCUACAGGCCCAGGUCAGUGAAGGCAAAAAGGUUACCCUGCCCGGAUUCGGGUCCUUCGUGCUCAAGUCACGGGCUGCUCGGAAGGGACGCAACCCACAAACCGGCGAAGAAAUGCAAAUUGCCGCCAGCAAAUCGCCCGGCUUUACUCCCAGCAAGGCCUGGAAAGAUAUGGUCAACGGGAAAUAA